AUGAUUUAAUAGACCAAAAACCAAUUCAAGCUUAUAAACUGAUUUAUAUUUGUGCUUUCAAUACCAUAUACUUACCGUAAUUCAUCAUGAAUAGAAAAACUAAUAAAAAUCUGAAAGGAAGAAGCUUACCGGUCGCUCCCGAAGACGAGUUGUUCAAUCAAACGGACUCUGAUAAUUCUUCAUCAUCCAAUGAUCAGCAACUCUUCAAGAACCAGACUUUGGUGAUGGACCUGCACGGAAUGCAGAAGGAUGAGCUGCCGGACAAUCCACUCCCUGAGGUGAAAACUCGGAAGCUCUUAAAGAAGAAACGGCCCAGACCUGAUCAAGCCCAGGAUCAGAGUGCAGGCAGCCUGACCAGCAGUUCCGAGAGCUCCGUGGCUACACCAGGGCCCGAGAAACAGGAGGAGUUCUUUGAUGCCCAUGAAAGCUAUUAUAAUAUUCAAGAGAACCAACAAAGUACAACACCCAAUCUUCUCGGCGUCACAUCAAAACAAACGGACAAUCCCGAAGCCUUGCGCCUAGCCUCACCGCAGAUCACCUCACAGGAAAAAUCAGUACCGGAGAGUACAGCUGUUUCAGACGCCACCACGGCGGCCGCUAUAACACAAGACACUGGAACCGGACGGACGCCUCGGACGAGCGCUAAACCUAUUCGGCCAAGUAAUCCAGAGUGAUUCUACAACAGAGAU